AUGCAAUCACUCAAUAUCAAUCAAUUAAUUAUUAAUGGAUCAAUGCCACUGGCCGAUGUAUCACAACAUGUUGUACAUCACAUACUUGAUAUGAAUAUCUUAGAAGACUCUUUGAUAAAUAAUAUUUCUAAGUUAUCUACACAUAAAUUUACAUCGCCUCUUUUCAAAUCCGAUAUAUCAGUUCCAUUUGAUAAGUUUUCUCAACAAUCUUUAUCCUCAGACCAUAUAGCGCAAACAAUACUUGCUCAUUCUUCCUUUUCAAAUACAAAUAUGACUAUGCUAUUACGAUCAGCACUUAUAUCUGGUACUUCAUCCUUUCGUCAUACAUUACGUGACUUCAAAAUUACACAUAAAAGUAUAUUUGCUGAAGAAAUAAAUCAAUCUGAUAAACAUCAAAAUACACUUUUAUGGUAUUUAACUAUAGCCGGUCUCUAUAACUCUAUUGAAGAAUUAUAUCAAUUAGCACGAAUUGAAUUAAAUAUUAAUGUGAAAAAUGGAUUAUUUAGUCAAACUAUUCUUCAUUAUACUGUAAUUCAUGGAAAUAUAGCAGAAAUUCGUCUAGUACUUGAUAUUGGUGUAGAUACAAAUUUGUGCGAUCGAUUUGGUCGAACUGCUCUGCAUUAUAUAGCAUUAUAUGGUACAAAACAUAAGAAUGAUAUUGAAAUAACAAAACUUCUAUUGGAUCAUGGAACUUUACCUAAUUUAGAAGAUGAUAUUCAUCAAACAAGUUUGCAUUUUGCAAUUAGAAGAGAAAAUUAUGAUCUUGUUGAAUAUUUGAUUACUUUACCAAAUAUGAAUGUCUGUAUAAAAGAUAAUCAAGGAUAUACUCCACUUUGCUAUUUAUGUGAACAUAUUCUCAAUUUAUCUGAUAUUUCAAUUGAAAAUAAUCAAUGUAAAGAUAAUCUUGAACAUAUUUUUAAAAUAAUUAAUCUUAUCAUUGAUCGUUGUCCAUCGGAUGAACUUUCAUAUAAUUUUCAUAUUACAAAAAAUGAUAAAAUUGGUGAAAAUCUCUUAUUACAUGUAUAUAACAAACUAACGAAUCUUACAAUACCAUUAAAUAUAAAUACUUUAUUUCAUCGUCUACAAUCAAUUAUCAUUGGUACUGAUCAAGAUCAUCGUUUACUUGUUGAACGACUUCUUGAACUACAUUCAUGGAAAUCUGCAGUAUUUGCUUUAUGUAAUACAGAUAAUGUUAAUAUAUCAAAUGCACUUAUACAAUGUAUAGUUCAUGAUCCACAUAUAUUAUUAAUUAAUAAUAUUUUAUCGUCAUCGAAUGUCUCGAUUGUUUUUGUAUUAAUAUUUUAUGCAUUAGCAACAAAUAUGACAUUAUUACGAAAUAUUGUACCAAUGUGUAAAUCUAUGAUCAAUGAUGAACAAAAAACAAAAAGAUCAAUCGAUGAUAAUGAUGAAUCAUGUCAUUUGUAUAUAAAUAAUUAUAAUUUACAUACAACUUAUGUUACAUUUAUUCAUACUUGUUUACAUUAUGCAAGUUUUAAUGUAUUUUCACUUAAACAUCUAUGUCGUUAUUAUAUUCGUCAUUAUUUGAAAUCACAUAUUAUUGAUAAAAUUGAAAAAUGUUCUUAUUUAAAGUUAAAACAUCGUGAUUAUCUUAAAUUAAAUGAACUUUUAUUAAUCUAUUCGAAGAUUCAUGAUUUAUCAUUUAUAAUAUAUCUCAUUAAACGCUUAUAUAAAAUUAAUCAAAUUGAUGAAUAUAAUUUCUUUGAAAAUGAAAUAAAUGAUAAUCAUGAA